UCAGCGGAGGAGCAGAUGCAGGCAGAGGAGACGGCUUUACAAAUCGUUUAACAGAGAGGGACGGACAGACUCGAGCCGGAGAGCCUGCAGCCACCAUCGGCUUCUAAUCUGCAAAAAAAUAAAAAAUAAAUAAUAAUAAUCUCUGAGACUGCUUGCAUCAAAAUGGAGAAGAAGAUCACAGAUUUCUCAGGAAAAUGGAAAAUGAAGUCUUCGGAAAAUUUCGAGGAUCUCUUGAAAGCGUUGGGUGUGAAUAUGUUCUUGAGGAAAAUCGCAGUGACAGCAGCCUCAAGCCCAGCAGUGGAAAUCACCCAGCAGGGAGAGAGUCUGUCCAUCAAGACAUCCACCAGCGUCCGCACUACCAACGUCUCCUUCACCGUGGGUCAGUCCUUCAGUGAGGCCACAGUGGAUGGACGUCCCUGCACGAGUUUCCCUAAGUGGGAAACAGACAGCAAGAUCAGCUGUGAACAGACUUUACAGAAAGGCGAUGGGCCCAAGACAUCGUGGACCCGAGAGCUGACUAACGAUGGAGAACUGAUACUGACAAUGACUGCCGGGGACGUUGUCUGUACCAGAGUUUAUGAGAGGGAAUGAGGAAAUUCUUUUACUGUCAUACUGUCAUACUAUACUCCUGUUUUGUGCCUCAUGCAUGGUUUACAUUUACUUGCCUUGUUUUCCCCCUUGCCAGUCAGCUCUUGCUCAAACCGUGCACCGCAUAGAGAAUUCUUCAGUUUACACGAAUGUACUGCAGUGUCUAAAUCCUUUUUCAAGAUGUCAAUAAACUGUUUUAUAUGAA